AUGGGCAAGACCAGUAUCCCUAUUCCCAAGAUCCUGGACUGGAGCGACGACGCUUCCAACACCAUUGGAAGCGAGUACAUCAUCAUGGAACAUGCACCGGGCGUCUGCUUGGCUUCAAAAUGGCACGAGAUGACAGAGGUUCAGCGAACAUUGUGCAUGAAACCUAUCUACCAGAAAAUGAAAGAAGCCGCCAACCUCGCAUUCCCUGCGUAUGGUAGUAUCUAUCGAACUGACACACCGUACAUCGAGGGUUCCACAAUCCCGCUGGACUCAAACUUCUGCAUCGGACCUAGUUGCGAAGACUUGUACUGGGACAUUAAACCCACCUCACCGAAGUAUUAUCACGAAGUCAAGCCCAACCGAGGACCAUGGCCAUCCCUAUCCACCUUCACCUCCGCCCUCACCGACGUAGGCCUCUCCCGCCUCCCACCCGCCAUCAUAGCCUCGACCCUCCGCCUCCCGUCCUACCACGGCACCAUCUCAGAACACAAAGUCCUACUCGAAUACUGCCGCGCGAUAACAAAACAGAUGAUCCAAACUACGCUCAUGCAAACGGUGUCGACGCCCAUCUUAUUCCACCCAGAUCUGCAUUCUCGGAACAUAUUCGUCUCGGAUGAGGAUCCAACGGUUCUUACGGCGAUACUAGACUGGCAGGCCUCAGCUAUACAGCCAGCGUUCUGGUAUGCGGACUCCACACCUGACUUUGCACAGAAAGAAGUUGUAGAAGUUGCUGCUGAGGAUGAUGAACAAGGGGGAGCAGGAGAUCGAGGACAAGGACAAGAACGAGAACAAAAACAACCCACACACACGCCCGCCAGCACCCUCCGCGCAGAAGCCUUCACCCACCUAAUCCAAUCCCAUCUCCCCCGCGCAAUGCUUAUCCCCCGUACAAUGGACGAAGCCUACCUCCGCCCCUUCACCUACGGCCACAGAUCCUGGCUCCACGGUGCCACCCCCUUCCGCGAGGAACUCAUCCAAACGUCGCGGCGAUGGGGGGAAUUAGGUUUCUCGACGGUAGGACCGUGUGCGUAUCCCAUGCCUAGCCGGGAAGAAUAUGCUGCGCAUUGGGAAAAGUAUAAAGAGUUCGAGGCAAGGCAUACGUUUAAGUUGGAAGUGCAGAAAGUGUUGGGUGUAGAGAGUGGGGGGUGGGUGUGGGCGGAUAUGUAUGACGUGACGAAUAAGGCGCAGAAGGAGUGGUUUGAGGAGGCGAUGAAGGGGGCGGUGGGGGAACGCGGGGAGAGGGUGUGGGUUAGUGAGGAUGGGGAGAGGUUGACGGAGGCGGAGAUUAGAGAUACUUGGCCGUUUGAUUUGGAGGAUUGA